AUGCCACUUGGCGCCGCUGAUAACGAUGAUCUGGUACCAGCCGACGCGCCAAGUCGGCAAUAUCAGGAACACUUGCUGUGGUUGCGCCUCAUAAACGCACUCUACGAGUGGUGUGAGGGUGGUGUCGGUGGUGGCUACGAAAGCGGCACAGAGCCGGAAACGUUCGCGCGCACGCUGGACGGCUCCACACACAAGUCGCUGUCUGCGACAGAGGAGCUCUGGUGCAAUUUUCGUUUAUGGAGUGACGAUCGGCAACGCGAGAGCCUCACAGGGCAGCGGGAUGUGCGGGCACAGGGCGCACUUGAAGAGCGCUGCGCCGCCGUGCUCCGUUGCAUGACGAACCCGCUUGUAUUCGACCUGGGGAAGGAUGAGCCCGAACUUUGUCCGAGGCCUCGCCGAGGUUCAUCAGCUGAUAUAGAGGUCAAUGCGGAUGGUAUUGUUGUGCAGAGUUUUGCGGACAGGCUCCCUGUCAGGUACAGAGAUACACGCAAGCUCACAGCGAUUCCACCCAUGUAA